GACAUCAAGGGCCCCAAGGUGGACAUUGAGGCCCCCGACAUCGAUAUUCACGGCCCCGAGGGCAGAAUAAAAAUGCCCAAGUUCAAGAUGCCCAAGUUCGGGAUGCCAGGCCUGAAAGGAGAAGGCCCCGAUGUGGACGUACAGCUGCCUGAAGCUGAUGUCGCUCUUUCGGGUCCCAAGUUGGAUAUUAAUGCUCCCGAUUUGGAGGUUGAAGGUGGAGAAUUAAACAUCAAGGGCCCCAAAUUCAAGAAACCAGACAUGCAUUUCAGUGUCCCAAAGAUCUCCAUGCCGGAUAUUGAUUUGAAUUUGAAGGGGCCCAAAGUAAAGGCCGAUGUCGAUGCUUCUCUGCCCAAAAUAGAAGGUGAACUGAAAAGUCCCAAGCUAGACAUCAAGGGGCCCGAAAUUGAGGUGGAAUCUCCCAAGCUGGAUAUCGAAGGAAAAGCUAAAAAAUCCAGGUUUAAGCUUCCCAAAUUUGGCUUCUCUAGUCCCAAAGUGCCCAGUGGUGAUGUGGAUGUGAAACUGAAAAAACCCGAGGUUGACAUAACUGGCCCCAAAGUUGACGUCCACGCUCCGGACAUGGACGUGCAGGCCAAAGCGAAGGGCUCCAAGUUUAAAAUGCCUUUUCUGAGCAUUUCUUCCCCCAAAGUCUCCAUGCCGGACGUGGAGCUAAACCUGAAAGGGCACAAGGUGAAAGGAGAUUUCGAUGUUUCCGCUCCCAAAUUGGAAGGGGAACUGAAAGGGCCCGACGUGGACAUCAARGGCCCCAAGGUGAACAUCGAGGCGCCCGAUGUGGAUAUUCACGGCCCGGAGGGGAAACUCAAAAUGCCCAAGUUCAAAAUGCCCAAAUUCGGCGUGUCGGGAUUGAAGGCGGAGGGGCCGGAGUUGGAUAUUAACGUGCCCAAAGGGGACCUGGAUGUUUCCGGUCCCACGUUGGGUUUGGAAGGUCCCGAUUUGGAAAUUGAAGGGCCGGAGGGGAAGCUCAAGGGACCCCACAUCAAGAUGCCAGAAAUGCACAUCAAGACCCCCAAGAUCUCCAUGCCCGACGUCGACCUGCACCUCAAAGGCCCCAAAGUAAAGGGGAACGUGGACGUGCCUCACCUGGAAGGGUCUCUGAAGGGACCCGAAUUGGACAUCAAAGGACCAAAAGUGGACGUCGAGGUCCCUGACCUGGACAUUGAAGGCCCGGAAGGAAAAGUCAAAGGCCCCAAGCUGAAGAUGCCCGAUCUGAACAUCAAGGCACCCCAUAUUUCCAUGCCGGACUUUGACUUGAGUUUGAAAGGCCCCAAGCUGAAAGGAGGGGCAGACGUGGAUCUCUCCGUGCCCAAAAUGGAAGGUGACUUGAGCGGGCCAGAAGUUAACAUCAAAGGACCAAAGGUCGACAUCGAUGCGCCUGACCUAGAUGUGGAAGGGCCAGAAGGGAAAUGGAAAGGUCCCAAAUUCAAGAUGCCAGAAAUGCACAUAAAAGCCCCCAAAAUUUCCAUGCCCGAUAUCGACUUAAACCUUAAAGGUCCUAAGCUGAAAGGAGACAUAGAUGUUUCUGCUCCAAAGCUGGAAGGGGAUUUAAAGGCUCCAGACAUCAGUAUUGGUGGCCCCAAGGUGGACAUUGAUGUGCCUGACGUGGACGUUCACGGCCCGGAGGGCAAAUUCAAAGUGCCCAAGUUCAAGAUGCCCAAGUUUGGGAUGCCCGGCUUCAAAGGAGAAGGUCCCGAGGUGGACGUGAACCUGCCCAAAGGAGACCUGGAGCUUUCCGGCCCAAAGGUGGACAUUGAG